CGAUCGCAGGUUGGAAACAAUCGGACGCACAUUUCGCGCGCAUGCACAGCGCUAUCAUGGUCAAGUCCGGAACGCACCUUCUGCUGUUUCUGAUCGUUACAGUGACAUUAAUAUCAGCGAUGCCGCAUCCCGGCGGUCACCACGAACAUACGCACUUCAUCAUUCACGUUCCACAUCACAUUCACAAGCAUCAUCACACACAUGUAAAGAAGAUUUACAUACCAGUCAAGUCGGACGAUCAUCACGAGCACCACGAACACGACAGUUGGUAAAUUAUGUCGUUUCGCUAGUUAAUGACGUUACUUUUUCGUAGUUAAUGACGAAGUAGAGGUUUCUGAUUAUGUCAGUUAACAAUGUCCUGACGGCAACAUGUUAUUGUUUCUCACUGUUAAACGUAUAAAAUAUAAAGCGUAUUUAUAGACUAAAUAACUGUAUAUAUCUAUUUAUACCUAUUUAUAACUAUUUAUAACUAUUUAUA